AUGUCUUCGCAAGGUUAUAACGACCCGGCUCGCCCGUUACCACCCAUACCGCAGCUUCGGUUCGAUGAGAACAAGGAGAUCAGGCCUCAUCCAGGACCGCACCAGUUCUCACGCUCACCAUCUUGGGAAACGCUCCAGGACCAAAUGUAUAUCAACAGCUCCAGCUCAUCAUCUCUACGUGACGGCAACGAAGGCCACAGCAACAUGAACAACCACGGAGACACAGACAUUGAGAAGUUGGUGGACAGGACUGCCCGCAGCAGUCAGAGCAUAACACAGCACGGAGAUGACCAGCACCAUGGACACGCCAACGGCGACGAGCCCCGGCCGAAACUGGGCUGGAAGGCGCGGAUGCAUCACUUCACCUGGGCUUGGUUCACUCUCCCCAUGAGUACUGGUGGUUUGUCACUCCUCAUCUUCGCCCAGCCUAAUCAGUUCCCAGGCCUCAGGUCGAUUGGCCUGGCGGUAUACAUCAUCAACCUCAUCAUAUUUACCUGUGUCUUCAGCUCCAUGGUCGUACGCUUCUUUCUUCAUCCCGGGGACUUCAGCGCCUCGAUGAAGCACCGCCGCGAAGGUUUCUUCUUCCCCACCUUCUUCUUGAGCAUUGCUACCCUCAUCACCAGCACGCAUAGAUAUGCCAUUCCAGACAACGACGUGACCCUCAACUGGUUCAUCCAGGCCGUGUUUUGGGGAUAUUUGGUUGCCACUCUGAUGCUGGCCAUCGGUCAGUACAGCUACGUCUUCGGGGCCCAGACCCACGGGUUGCAGACCAUGAUGCCCACCUGGAUCCUGCCCAUCUUCCCCAUCAUGCUGUCGGGCACCAUCGCCUCCGUCAUCGCCGGCACGCAGCCCACCAUCUCGGCCGUUCCCAUAGUCGUGGCUGGUCUCAUCUGCCAAGGGCUGGGGAUGCUGGUCAGCAUGAUGAUGUAUGCGCACAUGGUGGGUCGGUUGAUGGCCGGUACCCUGCCGGACCGGGAGCACCGCCCUGGUCUGUUCAUGUGCGUCGGCCCUCCUGCCUUUACCGCCCUGGCCGUGGUAGGCAUGGCCAACAACAUCCCUGCAGACUUUGACAUACGCCUCAGCGGCGUCAUCACCCCCGGCUCCCCGGGCAUGGGCGAGAAGGCCGUCGUGCAGAUACUGGCCUACAUGUUGGGCACUUCCCUCUGGGGCCUGAGCCUCUGGUGGUUCGGCAUCGCCGUCAUCGCCGUGGUCCGGUCGCCGCCCAAGGACUUUCACCUGGGCUGGUGGGCCAUGGUCUUCCCCAACACGGGCUUCAUCCUCGCCACCAUCUCGCUCGGCAAGGCGUUCGGGAGCGACGCCGUCGGCUGGGUGGCCACGGGCAUGUCCAUUUGCUUGCUUUGCAUGUACCUGUUUGUUCUAUUUCACCACGUCAAAGCCGUCAUCAACCAGGACAUCAUGUACCCUGGCAGGGAUGAGGAUUAUGCGGAUCACUGA